UGCACUCAAACACGCAAAUCCAAAUGUAAUGUUAUUCUUUUAGUUUAUUUAUUUUUGCAUUUAUUUAAAAACAAGAAACCCGAUUGGCAAAUGAAGCAUCUGCUGGAAGAUCCCUUAGUCCUGGUCGACCUGCGGGCACUGCCGGAAAAGUCUGGUUUUGUGGAGAAUCGUCUGGAUCCUGAAAAGAAUCCUGACCAGAAUCCCGCUCCCGUUGAAGGAUUGCCAGAUUCUGGAGAUGACUUGUUGAAAGAGAAGGACACGCUCUGUCAGUUGGCCUGCAGCCUGCACAAGCUGUCCAAAGAUGACCACAUAGUUAUUGAUCGCAAGCGCAAUCAGGUUAUACGCACGGAUGCGGUGACCCAGCAGAUGACAAUUUACCGCUGCCCAGAUCCCACAGGUAUGGGCAUUUGUCCACCGAUUGCAAAAAAUAACCCGAAUCCAGCCUCAAAAGUCGGUAGACCCUUGAAACGAGUCAGUUCUGCUGUAACCACAGCUCGCAUGGCUAAAAAGCCGCAUGCGUUGGAACAGAAACCUGAUCCCGACACACAUCGCACUCGUUCUGGACGACAGGUGCGCAGCUGCAUGCCUCAGCCGGCUCCUGUUAUCAGUGGCCCAGCAGUUACCGAGCCCAGUUCCGCUCAGAUGCUGGAGAUGCUUGUGGCGGAUUUGAGGGACAAGGACUACCGUGCACCCAUGCCAGCCCCCAAGAGUAACAACAGCAGCCAGGAACCUGCGAUGACGACCACGCCCCGAGCAGUGCCAAAGAAUGCCGUUUGCCCGGGCUGUGGGAAGAUCUUCUUGGGCCGCCGACUGCAGCGGCACUUUGUUAAAUUCCCGGAGCACAUGCCACGUCCUGGCGAGCAGCCACCAGCUGCAGCAGCAGCAGGAACUCCCCCCACUUCCACACCUUCGCUUUUCGGCCUUCUGACCGCCCAACUGCAACGGCAUUCGCAUCUAAGCGAGGAUCAGCGCUCCGAUCUCUUCCUGAACGAACUGAACGACUUCGUCGAGCAGCUGCAACUGCGUAGCCAGCGUCUAAUAAGAAAUACAUCGGGAUUGCAUUUUGUAAAUUCCCGGAUUGCACGAGUUUUGGGUAUACCCGAGGGUCAAUAUGCCCUGGAUAUGUCCGCUAUGGAAUCGCAGCAUUCACCGAUACCAGAACCAGAAGGUGCUGCUUUAGUCGCCAACGGAGGCGGCGGAGGAGCGCGAAAUCUAGUAGUUUAUGCCGAAUUAAGCAUGUCGCUGGACGAUCCGCUUACGGACGAAGCUGCACAACGUCUAAACCUAUCGGCGGGUGGUCAACUUCAUCCGCCAUCGGAAGAAAGCCUGCUCAGAAAUGUCAGCGAUCUUAUGCAACCGCCAGUGGCAGCUGCCCCACCGACUGUAAAUCAUGGCUACGAUCAUGCCAGUGAUAACGCCGUAGAGGCCCUAACCAUGAAGGAAACGCCCAACACGGAGGCCAUACUUGAUCUCAACGUGGACUUUUUCCAAUUCAAUCCGAAUUAGGAUAUCACUUUUUUAAAUGAUUUUCUCAAAAUAACGAUGUCUAGGGUAUGCUGAUCUGAAUUUAUAAGUGAUAAAAGAGGUAUCGUAGGAUAAAGUGCUAGAAAACUAGAAAGAGAUUAUACGGUGGGUGCACCUUAAAAAUAUAUGUAAAUUAGAAUGAAAAUCCAUGAAAAUUUCAAUUAAAUUCCUUUUCCUAAAUUAACUAUGUUAAGGAAGGUAAAUAUUGUUAUGUAAAUAUAUAAAUAAUAGAUAUAAAAUUGUAUAUUUUUACUGAAGAUCAAUAUUCAAACUGUAUAAUUGAAAAAACUCAUUAAGUUUUUUUACCAAUGAAUUGUUUUAUAUGGACGUACCAUUAAUGAAAAUCCGAAUAUUUUAGAAUUAGUAUGUUAGUGUUAAUGGAUAUGUGGCCAGGAAGGUCAAUUGCUUUUUGGAAUUAUUUAUGAAGUAUAUAACUAGCUCACGAAAGAUGCCUAUUAAAUAAAUUUUACCACUUUUGGUUUUGAAAAUGAA